UGCCUUAGGGGCUAUCUCCUCCCUCCCUUCCCUUGCUCCUUCUCCCAUCCCAUCCUUCUGUUCGGCUUCCCGCACGGCGCCUGAUGCGUUCUCUGGCGACUGUGUAUCGCACCCGAUUGCUACUCCUUAUCCUCCGAAGCAAUAUCCGCCACUGCUGAGCAAACCAACGACGGCCACUUCCGCCUCCUCUUCUUCGUCUGCCGCAUUGCCACUGUUUAUGGCAUUUGUGCAGCUGUUUUUCAACAUUUUUCCAAUGCUGACGGUCCAUGCUACGGCCACUGGGGCCGCUACCGGUGGCGGUAGCGAGCGAACUGGCAAAAAGGCAUACUUAAAACGCCGCCAGUUAAACGUGGCACAACCUGACUACCGUGACAACAACUUUCCCGGAGUUUGCAUCGACGAAGUGCAGCCCUGGAUUGGCGAUGAAAAACCGUCGCACCCGGCUUUUGAAACCGGCGAUUGGACGCAGCAGCACCCGGGCGAUGUUCCGGCAACCGUUCCCGAUUACGAGGAGCAGCUGCAGUUUUACGGCAAAAUGCGCCAGCUGCUUGAUCUGCCGAUCCUGUUUGCGAUCUGCUUCGUGCAGCUCAUAUCGUUUGUGCUCGUGCUCAACAUUGAGGAGUGCUCACCGCUCGUUCUGUUUUCCUGGUGGCGCAACAAGAUAUCCUGAAAUUGACCGGCCGUCGCUGUUGCCACCAACGUUGCACGACGUUGCCUUCAGUUUUGAUUACCACCGUCACCAACGCCAGCCACAUCAUCAUUCUGCUUACGAUUCGUUCGUUUUGAUUACGUUUUUUGUUAUUAUUCCGAUGAUAAUAAUACAGCAACGCUAUCGAGCAGCGAAGCGUACAUUGCGAUGCUGACACAGCAGCAGCAGUUGGUGCGCGAAAGGGGUUGUGAUCAAGCACACCAUCAAACCCACCACCACCAACUUGCGCAGCACAAGUGUUUCGAGCAUCCGCGGUAUUUACCGCUGAUGGUGUGUGAUCGUCGCUUCCAGUGGAGUCGCGCAAGAAAGUAUGAACGAUCGAGUGAUGCGGUCGUCGUUGCUGGUGAUGAUGGUGGCGGAUGCUGGCGGUGACAAAGUAUGCUCUACGACAUCGGUCCGCGAUACUCCGCGCAUGUGUUAGCGCUACUAUUAUCGUUCUUCGUCGAUGUAUCUCGCAAUUUAGCAACGGUUGCAGAAGUUAGUGGGCUAACCAUAUUCGAUCAUCCUUCAUGGCAGCCACUAUUGUUGUGGGUGAUCGAUCUUUUGCAGACACGAAGGGGUGGUACAAAUUCGAAAAAGCUUACCGAAGGAUCCAUCCAAGAAGGUACAAAUGACAACAGUAGUUCAACACGACGACGAAGCGAAAUAAAGCGGCCAUCGCAGUGUGUUCACUUGCGCUGCGUUAAAUUUUGCUACCAAAACAGUAAACCAUCGACAGCGGGGCAACGAGAAGCAUCUGCAUCUUUUUUAUCACCGGAAGAGAUCACAGUCAGUGAAAAACAGCAUUCCAACAGCAACCAGCAGCAAAAUUUGAUGGUAUGUGCUGAGGCGACUUGCCACAAACAUAUGAGCUCGUUGCAGCUCCCGGAUUAUAUCUUUUUUGCCUUUCCCAUCUCGUUGCAUAUUUCUUCGUAGCAUCGAGAGCUCGUGGCAGUUUAUCUCAGCUUUUUAAUGAUUUUUAUUGUUUACUGAUUUCCCCUAAGGUAACCGGGAGUAGGUGGGAUUUGCUUGAAUAGCAUUUAUCGCAUUCGAAUCCAUUCGACAAUUUGAUCGAUCAGAUGAUCCAACAUCCGCCGCCGUGCACAUUGAUUUCCCAUUCCUUUUAUCAACCGAUUGCGGAGAAUUACGCAAGACUCCCGGAUAGCAACGCGUUGUUCAUUCCUUUCCCGUACAUGCCAAAAGAAAGCUUUCCUAAGGCAUGUGUGUGACUUAUGCGCUUCGAGGACGUGCAUUUUUCGUAUCCUAUUUGUUUCUUUAUUCACUGAUUGUUCUUAUCAUAAAAUAACAAGAAUUUAAUUUGUGCCCACAGAUAAGGUAAAAUUAUUCUAAUAAUCGAUAAUGUGCUCUAGGUCUCUAGGAAAAAAGCAGUUUACAAGAAAUGCAUUAAGCAAUUACACGAUUUCACAACAACAAACGAGAUACUAUAUAUGAAGCAAACAAAAAAACGGUAUCAGCAAUCAAUUCUAUUUCAUAACUGUUUCUUGCAAAGUUAAAUAAAAUCAAGAAUAUGUGUGAAGCACAAAUAAAAGACAUAAAACAGGAAAUGACGAUGAAGGCCAUGUUUAGGUUAGUGUGCUCUCCCUAGGACGAUGUGUAAAGAGUUGUUCGCUCUAUUUACGAGUCUUUUAUGAGCAAAAAUCUGAUAGUGUGUCUAGUGGCGCGAGUAAGGAAUGGAAUAGUUUUGAUGAAACAUAAUUUUUGUUCGUAUAAUUUUUAACCCUUUAUUUUAUGUCUAAAACCGAAUGGGAAUGGCAAUGGAAGCUAUUGUUAGUGUGCAUGUGUUUUGCCUUUGGCCGCUUGUCGCGGGUAGGUAAAAUACAGUCGCUGAACAAUAGUAUAGUUCUAUCUUGGUACCUAUUUUUAUUUCCAAUAGACGAUUUCUGUUGCAUUAUAUUAUUAUAAGUUUAUCUCUUCAAUAAAGUUAAACCACCGUUUGAUUUUGCAAAGUGUUUGUUAAUUCGUUUUUAUUAUUGUUAUUUUAAAUUUUAUCUCUACAUAAUAGUCGAAACGAUGAUUAUUAGUGUGAGAUAGGAAUUAAAUUUUAACAAUUUUACUAAAGACUAAUAGACAAAAGUGCUAAAUUGAAUAAGGCCACAGAAUUGGGGUAAACUGGCAAACGAUAAUGUGGUGAUAUUCAAAUGUUAGAAUACUGGAUAACUAAGGAAAACGGAGAGCGGCGUGCGAAUUUACUGCUUCAAACCCGGCGGAAACGUUGGUUUUGUUGGAGUACCUUCAAAUGAAUGUUAACAAAACUGAAGAGAAUCUUCCUCGCCAUGUGCAGUAUCUGAGUUUUAAAUGCAAUCGUAUCGGUAACAUUAACUAGCGCGAGAACUUCGUAAAGUACGAUGAUCCGAAAAAUCUGGGAUCGCUGUGAUGAUAUAGAGUGUAAUGAACAGCACACAAGAAGAGAAAUGAUAAGCAAAUCGUGGAACAAAAUUUAUAUUUGAAUAACAUUUAAAAAAACACGGAAUUCAGCAUUUAAUGGUAGUGCACUUGAGGAAAAAUAGAUGUCACCUUGAAAACAUUGUACUAGACGAAUCUUUUCCCUUUACAGAACUGCAUGAACAGGCAUACAAACCAUGAAACUUAAUAAAUGCUCA